AUGGCGAUGUCUCACCUCGAGCAUCUGCUCGCCCUCUCCAACAACAGCGCGUUCGCUGAUGCGCGCCUGAAGAUCAUCCAAGCUCUUAGCGAUGAAGAGCUCAGUGCUUUGGUCAAACAGGGUUAUCGCUGCAACACUCGCAAAGCACGAGAGAUCUUGAGUGUCAACAUGCUUGAUCUGAUCAGUGCAGGACAGAAAGCAACUUUGAAGUGGCCGGUCAGCAACAACAAUCUCCAGCAGCCCAUGCACAGUGUGUUCCACAAAACCGACGUUGACGUGAUCGAUAUACCCUCCACUCCCGGCGGUAUACCCAUCUUCGAGAUCGGAACAUUGGCAUCGCGUGCUACUGGGCCUGAGGAUUGGCAGCCUCUCAGCAAUCUCGAUGGUGAGGCCGGAGACAUCAUUUACGCGAGGUUCAUGAUAGACUUCGCCGUUGAUGAAUCCAAGAGGAUGGCUUACGGGCGCAUGACACACAACGUGGGGCAUCAUCUUUCCGAGGGCAAAUGCGUCAACAUACUCGUCAGGCAGGAGGGUUGUGGCCGAUCCACUUUUGAGAAGGCUCGUGGUAACUUUCGGAGGGCUUGCGAUACUUGUAUUCGCACGAAACGCCUGUGCGUACAGAUCGGAGUGAUCGACUCAAGCGUAAAGCUCUGUGUUAUGCCGCUACCCGAAGCGUACCGUGAAAGCAGGGCGCUGGAUUCCAUCGCUGCGUGGGUUAUGGGAGGAUAA